UGCGGCCCGGGCCGGCGGCCGCGGGCUCGCGGAGAAGCGCGCCUGAGCCCGAACAUGGACUUCGCGUGCCUGUGGCUAGCGCUUCUGCUGCCUUUGGUAGCGGCGCUGGAUUUCAAAUACCACCACCAGGAAGGGAUGGAAGCGUUUUUGAAGAGUGUUGCCCAAAACUACAGUUCUAUCACUUACUUACACAGUAUUGGGAAGUCUGUACAAGGUAGAAACCUGUGGGUCCUCGUUGUGGGUCAGUUUCCCAAGGAGCACAGAAUUGGGAUUCCAGAGUUCAAAUACGUGGCAAAUAUGCAUGGAGAUGAGACCGUCGGGCGGGAACUGCUACUCCAUCUAAUUCACUAUCUGGUAACCAGGCAUGGGAAAGACCUUGAAAUCACAAACCUAAUCAACAGUACCCGGAUACACAUUAUGCCUUCAAUGAACCCAGAUGGAUUUGAAGCUGUCCGAAAGCCUGACUGUUACUACAGUAACGGACGGGAAAAUUACAACCAGUAUGACCUGAAUAGAAAUUUUCCUGAUGCUUUUGAAUAUAAUAAUGUAUCAAGACAGCCUGAGACUCUGGCAGUCAUGAAGUGGCUGAAAUCAGAGACAUUUGUCCUCUCUGCAAACCUGCAUGGUGGUGCCCUCGUGGCCAGUUACCCGUUUGAUAACGGUGAUCCAGCAACUGGAACAUUACACUCACGAAGCUUAACUCCCGAUGACGAUGUUUUCCAACAUCUUGCACAUACCUAUGCUUCGAGAAAUCCCAACAUGACGAAACCAGAUCAGUGUAAAAAUAAAAUGAACUUCCCCGAUGGAGUCACAAACGGAUACUCUUGGUAUCCACUCCAAGGUGGAAUGCAAGAUUACAACUACAUCUGGGCUCAGUGUUUUGAAAUUACACUGGAACUGUCAUGCUGUAAAUAUCCUCGUGAGGAGAAGCUUCCAUAUUUUUGGAAUGACAACAAAGCCUCGUUAAUUGAAUAUAUAAAACAGGUGCACCUAGGUAUAAAGGGUCAAGUUUUUGAUCAGAAUAAAAAUCCAUUACCCAAUGUAAUUGUGGAAGUCCAAGACAGAAAACAUAUCUGCCCAUUUAGAACCAACAAACAUGGAGAAUACUACCUACUUCUCCUGCCUGGAACCUAUGAAAUAAAUGUUACAGUCCCUGGACAUGAGCCGUACCUCACGAAGGUGGUUAUUCCAGAGAAAUCCCAACACUUCAGUGCUCUUAAAAAGAACUUUGUACUUCCAUUUCAAGGACAGUUGGAUUCUCUUUUAGUAUCAGAUUCAUCAUGCCCGACCAUUCCUCUAUACAAAAUGUUACCAAGCCACUCAGCUGCAACAAAGCCUAGUUUGUUCUUAUUUUUACUGACUCUUUUGCACAUAUUUUUCAAAUAAAUUAUGAAACUCAACUCUCAUCACCACUUGGCAUCAGGGAAUACUCACUCCAGGUUACUGCAACUCUAGCAGCCUUGUGGGACCUUGAUUGGAUUAGAAGAGUGGAUGUUUCUAAAUCCUGCAAGAAGCAAUAUGUGCUGAUAAUGGAAGGAACUGAUUGUCUUGAUGAUGAAUGGAAUAUACCUAUCAAGCACUGCCUAUUUACAUGGAAAGUAACCCUAAAGUAGUCCUAGAAAUUUGUAAGAAGUUAAACCUGAAAAGCAAAACAGAAGUUCCUGCAAGAAAAAAAGAAAAUAAGGAGUUAAAUCAGCCCUGGUGAUGUUUGCCUAUCAUGCCAGCUGCUUGGGAGACCAAAGCAGGAGGAUCACAAGUUCAAGUCCAACCUGGGCAACUUAGCAAGACCCUGUCUCAAAAUUAAAAAAAAAAAGAAUUGUGAGACUCUAGCUUCUGGGGUCCAAUCCCCAGUACUCCCUCAAAAAAGCUAAUUUUGUGUACAAGGAUCCAAAUCAGUAUAAGUAACAAAGAUGAAAAUUUAUUGAUCACCUACUAUGUACAAAAUCUUGCCAUGACUGCUGUCUGCAAAGAAAUAGUGCUGUAUAUAAUUAGUUUUCCAGAAAGAAACAAAUGAUCAUAGGACUUAAGAACAGUUUUAUUAAUGUUAUAAGAAAAUAUGAGAGAAAACAGGCAAACAGGUCUCAGUUGUCCAAGAAAACAUGGCCCUGAUGGGACAGUAAGGUUUUGUCCCAUCAGCACCAACAGUUUUGUCAGCACCAACAGUUAAUUAGGAAAGUUGUCUGUCUCUGUCUCUCCCCGCCCCUUUCUCUCCCCCUCCUCCCCUCUCCUCUCCUCUCCCAUUCUCUCUUUCUCUCUCUCCCUCUCUCCCCAAAGUCCUUGCUUUACUGCAGUUGGACGCUACUAUCCUGUAUGAUAAGGACCCACAGCCUACUAGGAAGCAACUCUAGCUUCUUGCCUGAGCCUCAGAUUCAUGUCCCACUGCCCCCCUAGAUAUACCUUGCUGGGUGUGACCCAUAAGUACUUCACACUCAUCACGGUGCAAAUGAGCUUGAUUUUCCCUCAAGAGAGCUGCUUUUAGUGUUGUAUUCUCUAUCUCAGUUACUGGAACCACCACGCUAGAAAUCUCAGAAUCACCCGCCAUACUUCCUCAUCCUUCUUGAUCACAUGCUCAGCCACUAAAGAUUAGUUAUAAACAUCAGUUCUACCCUGACCUCUCCAUGACGAUUAGCGCUGUAGUUUAGGCCCUCUGAUUUCACCUGCACCACAACACUUUAACUGUUCUCUUGCUCACAGCCACCUCCACCCUCCACACAGCCUUGGUGGACACUUAAAAGGCAACAACCAAUUGCUUCUAUUUUCUGUUACCUAAACACAGGACUUGCUUUUUAUGUUCCUGGAAUGCCAUUCUUGUUCACUAAUUUUUUUUUCCACCCUUACAUUAAAACUCCGAGUAUCAACCCUAGCAAGAAGCCUUUACCAACCAUCAUCCCAUUUACCGCCACUCCACUUCCCCCCAUCGAAGCCCUUUCUCUUUUCUCCUCAGGAUAAACCGGUUCUCUCUCUUAGUGGAUUUACAACACUGUAAUAACUUGCCUACUUCACGUGUGCCUCUCCAGGAAGUGUGAGCUCUUUGAGGCCAGGAUCUACUUGUUUGAAAAAUUCAUUUUUAUGUCCUCAGAGUCUAACACAAAGCAGGGGUUCAGAGGACAAUCUGCUACUCCUAGACCUUUUCAGAAACUGUAGGGCUCGGAGUCUUUUUAUGGACGUAGGUCUUAUGUUUUGGCGAUCUGCUACUCACUAAUAUCACCGACAGAAGUUGUUUCCAUAUAUCAAGGAAAGUUCCAAAUGCUGCGCUUUUGCUUCCAUUUGUCGUAAGGUUUGUAGGAGUGUUACCCAGAAAUACAUGCCUUUUUAUCAGGAAAAAACUAUUUUACCAUCAGUACUCAUUUGAAGCAAGCAACCAUUCUCUACUGUGAAAGCUGGCCAACCUAAGAGACUGUGUGUAAGAAUGAAAGAGAGGGGAAGCACCAAAGGGCCGUUCUUGCAGCCACAUCCCUGAGUGCUGCACAUCAUUAUGAAAAGUGAGUUGGCUUGAUUCUUAUUUUGAGCUGUCUCAGAAAAUGAAACCACACUGCUCUUGGCACAUGGUGACAGCUUGAGAACCCACAACCGACAGAGGAGAUAUAUUGAUUUUUAGGUACUAUGUCUGUGCCAAACUUAUUCUACAUGCACAAAUCAUACAUGUUGUUAUCAAUAGUAUUUGUAGUUUUUACUUUUAAAAUAUGGUAAUAUCUUGAAUCUUUUGACCAUUUUAAAUAAGCAGUAAUUAUAGAAUUGAAAGUACAUGUUAAUAUAAUAAUGCAGAAAAUUAUGUUGGUAUAGUAAAUAUGAAAGUGUGUGAGACUAACCUUGAUUUGCCACCAAGCCCUAAACCAGUGAUGGCCAACCUUUAGCGCUUUCAGUGGUAACCAGCAGCGUGCUGCAGAACACACGCUAUAGGUUCAUCAGCACUGCCCUGAACAAUUUUUCUAUUGGGCAUUCGGGUUCUAACUUUUCUAAGCCAGCAAUUUUUAAAGGUACAUGAACUGAAAUUUGAAUUGUUUCAUGAGUUUAAUGUAAAUGUGUUACUGAAACAUGUUUUUAAAAUCAAAAAACUAGGGAUGGGGCUUUAGCUCAGUGAUGUAAUCGCAUGUCUGGCAAGCAUGAGGUGGUGAGUUUGAUCCCCGAUACCAAAACAAAAGUUUUAAAAAAUCAGAAAAUUACAUCAAAAGAAAAUUUAAAAUCAUUUAAAGGUAAACAAGGCUGGAGGUAUGGCUUAGUGGCAGGCAGAACAUAUGCUUAACAUCUGUGAAGCCCUAGGUGUAAUCUCCAGCACAUUCACACAUGAGUGCACACACACACAAGACGAAACAUGUAAAUUCUGUGGUCAAAGUAAGUCCCAAACCUCCCUGCCUACCAUCUUUCCCACUCUUCUCCACCCUCUUAGACUGACAGUUAUACUCCUGAGGCUCUAAAUUGAAGUACAAUGCCACCCCAGUUCACAAACUUAGUUUUCACAAUUUGGGAAAAGAUGGCCAUGUUUGUGUGUGUGGGAAGGAGGCUGUGGUCAUGUUUGUCACCUGCUGUAGAGUUUGCAAACAAAAACAAAACUUUGCUGAACACUUUUGUUUGUGAACCAAAUUGUUCUGAAUCAACCGAGCACCACUGUGUAAUCCUUUUUACAGAGGAACCAGCAUUAUAAAGGUUUUCAAGAUUAAGAAAAGAAAGCAGGAGUGAUAAUUAGAUGACAGGAAAUCUGGGUUCAAAUCCACUACACAUUUAGUUUCCUAAUCUGUAAAAUGAAGGACACCCUCCCCCCCAAUCAGAAACAGUAAAAGAGACCACUUUUUGGCUCUUUUUCAGGUGAAGGAAUGAUAAUUAAUAUUCAGAUUAAUAUUUUGAAAAUGACACAGUACACCUAAUUGAAGGCCAAUUCUGCUUCAGUUACAAACAGAAUUGACCUAAAAACAAAUUUUGGUUAGCAAGACCAAAUAUUAAUACUUAAGGAAGCUUUCAUGAAGUGCCAACUUGCCUGCGUACUUACUCAAAUUACAAGCAAUGCUAACCUGAAUUAAAACAUGUGAAGUAUUUUAGAGAAAUGUUAAGUCUCUACAAACAAGUGUCAGUGUUUAUUUUGGUGCUUAUCACAUUCAGAGAAGCUGCUAGUUUUAUCAGAAAUGUUUAAAAGCCUCCUCAAUAUUUCUGAAAGUCUAGGAAAUCAAUGUUGUGUUUUGUUCCAGAAGCAAAUUUGCAUUUGUAAUGUUUCUAAAAAUGAUGUAAGUUACAUUUAUGUAUAGAAAGUAUACAUAUCUGAUGCUGGAUUCAAAAUAUAUUCUGGGGAAUCCAGAAAAAUAGGAAUGGCAUUUUGUAGGCUAAGUUAUUUAUUGAGAAGUUUCUUAUUUUAUAUAGUAAUAAUAUGGUUGGUGUUUAUUUUAUGGCAGAUCACUUAUAUCUUCCUCCUGACUUCAGGAAAGAAAAAUAAUGAUGGCCAGAUUGGGUAAAGAGUUCUUAAUAUUUAAACUAGAAGUUUAUUACAGACUUUGUAUCACUGAUAUUGUAUUAUUCAUAAACCACUUUAUCAUUUUAGUUUUGAACUAUUCUAACAACCAUUUAGAGGUCACACAGCUGAUUUCACAAGUUUUUUCAUCGACUUUUAUAUUAUAAUUAAGAACUUACUAAAAUGACCUGCCUUAAGACUAAAGUUUACUGGGGAGGAGCUAUGACUACCUCUGAGCUUAGUAAAUCUAGAACUGUUGAUUAUCAAUAAAAAAUAUUCAUUUAGUGAA